AUGGCCAGCGAAGCGAGGAAUGGGGCGCCGUGCUGCGGGCCGGCUGUCGGCGAGCAUUGGCAAAUGCCGUCGAAGGAAGGGAAAUUGCUUACAGGCUUGGUCGUCAACAACUCCAUGGCUGGUCGAAGGGUUGAAUUCGUCCCGCAGAAGGGAAACCAGGUUUGCUGGUACGGAUGCGGUCCGACCGUGUACGACGCCAGCCACAUGGGUCACGCCCGGACCUACGUCACUUUCGAUGUGAUUCGCCGAAUCAUGAGCGACUACCUGAACUACGAUGUGACGAUGUGCAUGAACAUCACCGAUAUUGAUGAUAAAAUCAUCAAACGGUCUAUCGAGCAAGGCGUCGACUUUCUCACGCUGGCGCGACACUGGGAAAAGGAGUUCUUCAACGACAUGGCUGCUUUGAACGUCCGGCUGCCGACGGUGGUCACGCGCGUCAGCGAAUACAUUCCGGAAGUUCUGUCUCUCAUCCAGCGCAUUGAGAAGAACGGCUACGCGUACGAGAGCCAGGGUUCGGUUUACUUCGACACGCAGAGCUUCCGCAACAGUGACAAACACAUUUAUGGCCGAAUGGAGCCUUCAUCCGUCUCUGACGAAUCCCGAGUCCUCGAGGGAGAAGGCGAACUGGGCGUCACGUCCUCGGAGAAGCGCCACCCGUGCGACUUUGCGCUCUGGAAGAAGGCGAAGGAAGGCGAGCCUUCGUGGGACUCUCCUUGGGGCAAAGGCCGACCUGGCUGGCACAUCGAGUGCUCAGCGAUGGCGGACAGCGUCCUGCCGUUCCCGCUGGACAUCCACAGCGGCGGCAUCGACCUGCGCUUCCCACACCACGAUAACGAGCUCGCACAGUCUGAAGCUGCUGCAGAUCGCCCACAGUGGGUCAACUACUUCCUUCACUCCGGGCACCUGCACAUCCACGGGGCGAAAAUGUCCAAGUCCCUGAAGAACUUCAUUACAAUCAAGGAGUGCCUCUCGCGCUUCACAGCGCGGCAGAUUCGCCUGCUGUGUUUGAUGAACCGGUGGGACUCGUUCAUGAACUACAGCCCUGACGGUGAAACAAUGCAGCAGGCCAUCGACGUCGAUCGUGCAUUCGACAACUUCUUCGCGCUCGCCAAAGCGAAGCUCAGAGACGCGUCGCCGCCUUCCGACUACUCGCAGAAAUGGAGCGCUGACGAGUUCGCGCUCAACGCCAGUCUGCGAACCGCGAAGGAGCAGGUUCAUGCGGCGAUUCUCGACAACUUCAGCACGCCCGAGGCAGUCGUCGCUCUGCAGCACCUCAUGUCCGCGACGAACAGCUACUUGAACCAAAAGAGCGGCGGCGAAGUCAAGGCUCCCCUCGUCAAGGAAGUCGCGAAGUACAUCUUCCACAUGCUGAAGAUUUUCGGUGUCGUGGAAGACGACGAAGAGGAUCUGAUGUACGCGAGGGCGCAGGGCUCCACAGCGGCUGCUGCAGAGGCGACUGACGGCUUGGUGCAUUGCCUUGGAGCCUUCCGAGAGACGGUGCGGACAACCGCGACGCAGGGCAUGAAGGAGGCGAACCAGGAGAUUAAGCGCGCGGCACCGUCGCAGAAAGGCACUUCAGCUGACGGCGACGCCGCCGCCAACGGAGGCGGCGACGUGCUGCAGUCUCUGUGCGCGAAGAUGCGCACACUGCUUCAGGCCUGCGACGAUGUUCGCGACAAGAAGCUCACCGACUUGGGUGUCCUCCUCCAAGACCGCCCCGACGGCACUUUCGUCUUCAAGCGCGUCAGCAAGGAGGAGCUUCAGCGGGCCUGCGAGCUGAAGGAGGAGGAGGAGCGGAAGCGCCGCCUGCAGAGAGAAGAGCAACAGAAAGCCGCGGCAGCGCUGCAGGCGAAGAAAGAGCGCGAACGCCAGGUUCCGCCCGCCGACUACUUCCGCGUGCUGCAGGCGGAUCUCUACGCAGACUUCGAUGAACAGGGAGUUCCGCUGACUCUCAAGAGCGGGGAACCUGUAUCGAAGACGCAGCGCCAAAAAAUGUUGAAGCAAAUCGAGAAGCACCAGAAGGUCUUCGAACAGUGGCGCGCCUCCCAGGAGAAGCAGGCUUAA